GGGCAGCGGCGCCGGCAGCGGUGGCAUGGGCGGCGGUCGCGACGGACGCGGCAAUUACGGACCCAAUUCGCCGCCUAGCGGUGCAUUGCCGCCAUUUUACGAGAGUCUCAAAAGCGGCCAGACGGCGGACGGACAAACAGCCACGCCCACCGCCCAACAGCACGCCCAUAACGCCCACAACGUGCAGCUGCAAUCGAAUUUCUUAAUACAAAACGCAGCAGCAGCGGCAUAUGGCAACAACACUGCAGCAGCAGCAACAGUUGGUGGUGGUGGCAUUGGCAGCGUUGCCUUAGAUGCUUAUGGCAUUAUCUUAAAGGAUGAACCCGAUAUGGAAUAUGAUGAGGCGAAAAUCGAUAUAGGCACAUUUGCCCAGAACAUCAUACAAGCGAGCAUGCACGGCAGCAACAGCCAGCAGCAACUCAUUGGCAGCAAUCAACAGCAGCAGCAGCAGCAACACGCACAACAGCAGCAACAGCUGCAGCACAACAGCAAUUCGAAUGGUGGCAACAAUUUCUAUGAGGAUGCCAUUAUGUCGGAUUUGGCUGCAAAUGUUGCACACUGCAACAGCGGCAAUGUUAUUGGCAAUGUUGCUGCUGUCGAUCCGCUGCAAUUCACAGCCACCCUCAUGUUAAGCUCCCAAACCGAUCAUUUACUGGAGCAACUAUCGGAUGCGGUGGACUUGAGUUCAUUUCUGCAACGCAGCUGUGUGGAUGACGAUGAUGAGGAUGAUGAUUGCGACAACAACAGCAGCAAUCACAACAGCAGCAACAUGCGCAAUACGAGUCCGCAACAUCGUCGCGACUUUGAAUUGGUUUCCACACCUUCAUUGACUCCGGAUUCCGAUGAUGUUGUCUCUGUCACGGCGCAUGCCACACAGCUGGAUGUGUUGCAUGAGAACAUAUUGACGCAUCUCACCAACAACAUGCGCAACAGCAGCAGCAACAACAGCGGCAGCAACAACAAUGUCUACAACGCGUCGCAGCAGCAUUUGCAGCAACAUGUUGUCGCCGCACAGCAGCAGCAACAUUUGCAACAGCCGCCGCCUUCGUAUCAACAUGCCACGCGCAACAUGUUGCAAAUGCAAAACGGCAACACUAGCAACAACAACAACGGCUACCAUCAGCAGCAGCAGCUAGCACAGCAGCAACAAUUGCUGCAGCAGCAGCAGCAUCACCAACAACAUCAACAACAACAGGUGCAGCAACAGCAACAUGCCUAUCAGCAACACAAUCUCUAUGCACAGCAGCAACAUCACGCACAACAGCAGCAGCAACAACAGCAGCAGCAGCAACAACAUCAUUUCCAUCAGCAGCAGCAACAUCAUCAUCAUUCGCAGCAACAUGCGCAUCAGCAACUACAGCAGCAUCAUCACCAACAACAGCAGCAACAACUGCUUCAACACAACGACAACAGCAAUCUAUCGCUGCCGUCGCCAACAACAACAGCUGCUGCUGCCGCGGCUGCUGCUGCCGCCGCUGCAGUUGCCGCCUUGCGUCCCAUGUCCAGCAGCAGCAGCAGCAGCUCCAAUCUAUUGGAUGCCAAUACAGCAGCUGUUGCUGCUGCCGCAUUGCUCGACACAAAGCCGUUGAUACAGUUUAACAGCAGCGUUAACAUGAACACUGUCAACACUAACAGCAACUCUGUUAAUACUAAAAGCAAUGUUAGCGACAGCGUUAACAUUUACAGAAGCAACAACAUUAACACUGUCAUCAGUAACAACACUGUUAAUACUAGAAGCAAUGUUAACGACGAUGUUAACAUUACCAGCACGCCUAACAGUAGCGACACUGUUAAGUCUGUCAAUAAAAGCAAGCCUAAGUGCAAACUUAACAGCAACAGCAGCACUGUUACUGAGACUGUUAAUGCCAACUGUGGCACUGUUAGCAGUAACAACAGCAGUGCUGUUAAGCUGGGUGGUCGUGCCAAAGCCGCUGCUUAUGGCUCCACAGUGGUAACAUUUGUCUCCACUGUUAAUGCAUCGCCGCAGUUGCCGCCGCAGCGUCACGUGCAUCAAACCACGUUGCGUUCGCUUGCAACAGAGGCAGCGGCAACAGCAGCAGGUCUGUUGCCACCAUCGCAAACUGUUUCGGCGCUCAACGAGAGCAAAAUGCUACAGCGGCGGUUGGGACUGCCGCCAGAUUUGCAGCUGGAGUUUGUGAAUGGCGGACAUGGCAUUAAGAAUCCGCUGGCGGUUGAGAAUGCGCAUGGAGGCCAUCAUCACCACCGCAUACACCGCAACAUGGAUUGCAUCGAUGAUCUCAAGCAUGGCCACCAAGCGCAGCAGCAACAUGUUGGCCAGUCACAGCAGCAACAGCAGCAGCAGCAGCAUUCGCCACAGCAGCAACAUUCGCCACAGCAACAGCAUGCGCAGCAGCAGCAACAUCAGCAGCAGCAACAACAGCAGCAACAACAGAGCUUGCAACAAGCAGCGGCAGCAGCAGCCGCUGCAGCAGCGGCUGCAGUUGCCACACAACAUCAUACGCUGAGCAACAGUCACAGCCACAGUCACAGCCUCAGUCACAGUCACAGCAGCAGCAGCAACAAUCGCAACAACAGCAGCAGCAGCGUCAGCAGCAACAGCAGCAGCCAAGGCGAUCCUCUGUGUGCCGAGGAUGCCAACAACAAGUUCGUGUGUCGCGUCUGCAUGAAGACCUUCUCGUUGCAACGUCUGCUCAAUCGCCACAUGAAAUGCCACUCGGAUAUCAAGCGUUAUCUGUGCACCUUCUGUGGCAAGGGAUUCAACGACACCUUUGACCUCAAGCGUCACACACGCACACACACGGGUGUGCGACCCUACAAGUGUAAUCUGUGCGAGAAGAGCUUCACUCAACGUUGUUCCCUGGAGUCGCAUUGCCAGAAGGUGCACAGUGUGCAACACAAGUAUGCUUACAAGGAGCGACGCGCCAAGAUGUACGUGUGCGAGGAGUGCGGUCAUACCACCUGCGAACCAGAGGUUCACUAUCUCCAUUUGAAGGACAAUCAUCCAUUCUCACCGGCGCUUUUGAAAUUCUACGACAAGCGUCAUUUCAAGUUCACCAAUUCACAAUUUGCGAACAAUUUGCUCGGCCAGCUGCCGAUGCCGGUGCAUAAUUGAAACAGAAACUGAAACUCGUAUCUACAAUUAAUGCAACUAGUUUAAGCGCAAAAAAAACCGUACAUAUAAUUUAUUAAUUAACUAAAAUAUGUUUCAACUUUAAGCUGUUCAACGUGUGACACUGAAGUUUUAUGAAAACUGCCCACGAAAAUGGAGAGAUUA